AUGUUUUCUGCCCUUGUACUUCUAAUUUUCCCUAUUUAUUCAGUUAGAUCUUGCGAAAAAUCAGCGAAUUAUCAUAUUUAUGAUAGUUCGACUGAUACAUUGACUGUUCAUUAUACCGAACGUUCUUGUGCUUCGAAAAGUUGUGUGGAGAAGACGAAAGUUGUUGGGAAAAAUGUUUUGAGAGGUGAGUAGGAUGGGAGAUUUGUGGAAUAAAUAGUUUCUAGAUCCAACAACAACUAAAAAGCCGACAACUACAACCACAACUACAAAAAAACCAACCACAACCACCAAAAAAACGACGACCAAAAAACCAGUUGUGACCACCAAGAAACUUACCACAAAGAAACCAACAACCACAAUCAAUCGCAAAAAGUUCAAAUGUCAAAGCGGAUGGACAUUGUCAGCAAGAUCAAACUAUAAUUGGUGUUGGCAAUUAUUUUAUGGUUCUGUGAAUGCCCUGCAAGCUAUCACAGCGUGCAAUACGCAAAAGGCGAAGUUAAGCGGGUUUCAGAGUAAUGAUGAAAGAGUGAAAGUUCGAAAUGCCGUCGUAGCUCAUUUGAAAGCUGAAUCUGCGAAGUCGCUUCUCAUUACUUCUCCUUCAGCAGGUUCCAUUAUGAUUGGUAUGGAGAGAACUGAUAAGUGCAAAAGAUCAAAAGUGGGGAUAUGUAACACUUCAGCAGGAUUUGGAUGGAUGGAUUCGACAACGAACGCAGUUAUGUCAAUUGCGAAUAGCUGGUGGACCUCUAGCAAUCCAGAUAACAUCGAGUAGGUGAAUUUACACGUGAAAGUCUUUUGACGUUCUUCUUGUGCGUUGCGGUCAAGCGCUUUAUUUUUCGAAAUAUAAUUCCUGUCAUGUUUCUACACUCACAAUCAGUACAAGGCUCAAUAAUCUUGAAUUUCAGAGGCCAGCAAUACUACGUUGUCAUGUAUGCUACAACCGAUACAUCUUCCCAAUUAAAUGGUCGAAUUGAUGAUGUCGAAAAAAAACUUCUAAAUAAAACAAAUCCUUUCCCAACUAUCGGAUUCGUUUGCGGCAAAGUCGCAGCAUCUUAA